UCUCUCUCUCUCUCUCUCUCUCUCUCUCUCUCUCUCUGUAGAAGCCGAUCGAUAAUGUACAAAGUCGCGGGGCCGUCGGAGUACCUGGCCAUCACGGGAUGGGGCAUCAAAGACGUUAAACUGGCGAAGAAGGCGCUGGUGUGGCCGGGCCAGAAGUAUACCCGCUUCGACGUCUGCCCCGUCAACUACACCUUCGAGGUCCAGGCCAUGAGCGCCGAGAAGCUCCCCUUCCUCCUCCCCGCCGUCUUCACCAUCGGCCCCGCCGUCGACGAAGACGACCGCCACCACCUCCCCUCCCUCUUACGCUACGCCAAGCUCAUCUCUCCCCACGACAAGCUCUCCUCCCACGUCAAAGACCUCGUCCAGGGCGUCAUCGAGGGUGAGACCCGCGUCCUCGCCGCCUCCAUGACCAUGGACCAAAUCUUCAAAGGCACCAAAGAGUUCAAAAGCGAAGUCUUCGAAAAAGUCCAACUCGAACUCAACCAGUUCGGCCUCCUCAUCUACAACGCCAACGUCAAGCAGCUCGUCGACGUCCGUGGCCACGAAUACUUCUCCUACCUUGGCCAGAAAACCCAAAUGGAAGCCGCCAACCAAGCCAAGAUUGAUGUAGCGGAGGCAAAGAUGAAAGGUGAGAUCGGUUCGAAACUGCGGGAAGGGCAGACGGUGCAGAACGCGGCGAAGAUCGACGCGGAGACGAAGAUCUUAUCGACGCAGAGACAAGGAGAAGGGAAGAAGGAAGAGGUUAGGGUGAGGACUGAGUUGAAGAUAUAUGAGAACCAGAAGGAGGCCGAGGUGGCGGAGGCGACGGCGGAGUUGGGAGCGAAGAAGGCCGGGUGGACUCAGUUGUCGAAGCUGGCGGAUGUGGAGGCCGCCAAGCAUGUGGCGCUAAGGGAGGCUGAGCUGCAGGCCCUGGUGGAGAAGAAGAAUGCCUUGACUCGGACUGAGCAACUCAGGGCUGAGUUGCUGAGUAAGGCUAGUGUUGAGUAUGACAUUAAGGUGCAAGAAGCAAACACAGAGCUGUUCAAGAAACAGAGGGCAGCGGACGCAGCUCUAUACGAAGCCCAAAAAGUGGCGGAAGCGCAGAAGGCAAACGCAGACGCGGAGUUAUACUCCCGCCAACAGACAGCGGACUGCGACCUCUACGCCAAGAAGAAAGAGGCGGAGGGAAUCAUGGCGGUGGCGCAGGCCCAAGGCGUCUACCUCAACACUCUCCUGAAAGCGGUGGGCGGAAACUACGCUGCGAUGAGAGACUACAUGAUGAUCAACGGCCGCAUGUUCCAGGAAAUCGCCAACAUCAACGCGCAGGCCCUGAAUGGUUUGCAGCCAAAGAUUAGCGUCUGGUCCACCGGCGCAGCGGCCAGUGCCGAGGGCGCCGGGAGCGGCGGAAUGAAGGACAUUGCAGGUGUAUACAGCAUGCUGCCGCCGCUGCUUGAAACGGUGCAGGAGCAAACUGGGAUGCUGCCGCCGGCGUGGCUGGGCACGCUUGCUGCUAACUGUGAGGGCUCUCCUUCGGAAGAAGUGGGGAAAGGGCUUUGAAUUUUUUUUUAUAUAUAUAUGAUUUCUGCAUUUGCGAAACUUGAUUGUGGAUUUUUUGCGUCUUAAGUAGAAACAUGGGAUUUUUUUUUUUUAUCUUCUGUGCUCCAUCAUAUAUAUUCAAAUAACUAGCAAGCCUAGUUAAUGCUA